AUGGCUACCCAAGGUCAACAGUUGCCCCCAGGCUGGACUGCAGAGUGGUACCCCAACCAGCGAUAUCUCUUCAUCGAAACGGCCACUGGGCACACACAAUGGGAGGACCCGAACCAAGCACCAACAGCACCCGUCGACGGCUCUACGCUUUCCCCGCCUGGUCCCGCACAGGCACACGCAAAACGACGCCAGUACGCGGCCGGCCAGACCCAGGCCUACUACAGUGGUGGUGACGGAUACGGCGACCAGCCCGGCUACGGCGCUGCACCCCCUCAGCAAGUCCCUCCCCCUGGCGCCGGCCCCCAGCUCUUCACCCCCGGCUUAUCGGGCGACAACCAGUUCGCGGCCCAGCAGCAGCAGCAACAAGGACAGGCCCAAUACUACGCGCCCCCGCAGGAGCCGCAGUACAUCAACGCGCAAGGCUUCGGCCAGGAGCCCGCGUACCACCCGCCCGCGCAGCAGCAGCAGAUGGACCAGCUUGCCGGCCAGUUCGGCGGCAUGGGCAUGGGCGGGCAGAAGCCGCUGCAGCUGUACACGACGAACCUCCUCACGUCCCCACCGGACCCGCGCGAGCUCGCCCGCCCGCCGCCCGACAUCCUGCUCCCGCCCAACUCGUGCAUCUCCAACUCGCCGUACGCGAACGCGGACGCGAGCUACCAGCGCUCCACCCUCCGCGCGAUCCCGACGACGAGCUCGCUCCUCGGCAAGUCCAAGAUCCCGCUCGCGCUCGUCGCUGUGCCGUACCGCUCCGUCAAGGAGGGCGACCAGCCGGUUCCGCUGGUGACGGACACGGUUAUUGCGCGGUGCAGGCGCUGCAGGAUGUACAUCAAUCCGUAUGUCCAGUUUAUCGAUGGGGGCAACCGCUGGCGGUGCUGCGUGUGUAACAUGUCCAACGAAGUCCCUCAGCUCUUUGACUGGGACCAAGCGCGGAAUCAGCCCGGUGACAGGUGGUCCCGCCCCGAGCUCAACCACGGCGUGGUCGAGUUCGUCGCGCCCACUGAGUACAUGGUCCGCCCUCCCCAGCCUACGGUCUACGUCAUCCUCAUCGACGUCAGCCACUCUGCUGUUCAGUCCGGCAUGGUGGCCACCGCUACUCGCACGCUCCUGGAGAACCUGGAGAGACUGCCAAACGACGACCAGCGCACCAAGAUCGCCAUUAUCGCGUACGACGUCUCGCUCUACUUCUUCUCCAUGCCUCCCGGCCAAACCGAGCCCACGAUGCUCGUCGUCUCGGACGUGGACGACGUGUUCCUGCCCAAGCCGACCGACCUGCUCGUCAACGUCCUUGAGGCAAAGGUGGCGCUCGAGAACCUUAUGGGACGCGUCAACGACAUGUUCCAGGACAACCACACGGUCGGCUGUGCGCUGGGCCCUGCCCUCCAGGCUGGCUUCAAGCUGAUGGCUCCCAUUGGUGGCAAGAUCAUCGCUCUGUGCUCGAGCUUGCCUAGCAUCGGUGCUGGUGCACUCAAGAACAGAGAAGACCCCAAGAUUCUCGGCACGUCCAAGGAAUCGGGACUUCUCCAGGCUGGCACGCCGUUCUACAAGACGUUUGCCAUCGAGUGCUCUCGUGCUCAGGUUGCUGUGGAUAUGUUCCUGUUCAGCUCUACGUACCAGGAUGUUGCCAGUCUUGCGUGUUUGCCGCACUACACUUCCGGCCAGACGUACUUCUACCCCGCUUUCAACGCCGCUCGCUCGGAAGACGCUAUCAAGUUCGCUCACGAGUUCGGAGAGGUUCUGGCCACCCCCAUCAUGCUGGAGGCUAUCACCCGUGUCCGUGCAUCGAAGGGCCUCCGUCUCGCCACCUUCCACGGCAACUUCUUCGUGCGGUCCACGGACCUGCUCGCGAUGCCCGCGGUGUCGCAGGACCAGUCGUACGCGAUCGAGAUCCAGAUCGAGGACACGCUCACGCAGCCGUUCGUCGUGCUGCAGACCGCGAUCCUACACACGACAUGCUUCGGGGAGCGGCGCAUCCGCGUCGUGACGUCGGCGUUCCCGACGACGAGCAGCCUCUCGGAGGUGUUCGCGAGCGCGGACCAGGUGGCGAUCGCGACGCUGCUCGCGAACAAGGCGGUGGAGCGCUCGCUGACGCACAAGCUCGAGGACGCGCGCGAGGCGCUGAUGAGCAAGGUUGUGGAGAUUUUGGUGGCGUAUAAGAGCAGUAUGACGGCUGCGGGUGCGGGCGCGAGUGCGCAGCUGGCGGUGUCGGAGAAUUUGAAGAUGUUGCCGGUGUUGGUGCUUGGGCUGUUGAAGAAUGUUGGUGUCCGCCAGAGUGCCCAGAUUCCACCGGAUCUGCGCGCGUAUGCGCAGGCUCUGCUCACGCAGCUGCCUGCGCAGACGCUGAUCCCGUACAUCCAUCCCAACUUUUACUCGUUGCACAAUAUGGCUCCCGAGGCUGGCACUGUUGGUGAAAACGGCAUCAUCAUGCCCACGCCCCUGCCGCUCACCUCUGAGCGGCUGGAGCGCCACGGGCUGUUCCUGAUCGAGGACGGCCAGACGGUGUUCCUCUGGGUCGGCCGGGACGCGGUGCCGCAGCUGAUCAUGGACGUGUUUGAUCUGCCGGGCUACGACGCCCUGCGGGGCGGCAAGACGACGCUGCCGCUGCUCGAGAACUCGUUCUCGCAGCGCGUGAACGCGGUGAUCCAGAAGACGCGCGAGAUGCGGCGCGGGGUGUACUACCCGCACCUGUACGUGGUCAAGGAGGACGGGGAGCCGCCGCUGCGGCUGUGGGCGCUGAGCUGCCUGAUCCAGGACCGCGCGGACGUGUUGCCGAGCUAUCAGCAGUUUAUUUCGCAGCUCAAGGAUAAGGUGAACGGGGCGAAUAACUAUUAG